AUGGCAAGCGCCUUGGAGAAUUUUGUGAAUAGUGUUGUGUAUAUUAUACGAUCAUCUAAUUAUUCAAACUUUCCCAUAGGUGCAUUCGAAGAUCUGGCUACUCAUCUUUUAGAUUCUACGGAAAUUCUAUCCAAAAACUGGAAUAUUCUCGAUAAUGUCCUGGAGACGUUAGAUGUGCAACAACAUUCAUUGGGCGUACUGUAUGUUUUGUUGGCGAAAUUCAAUAGUUUACAGAACUCCAAUGCCGAUGUAGAAGUCCUAUUGAAAUCUGUCAAAGAUUUCAUACAACAAUGUAACACCUAUCAAGUGCGAUUGGCGGCUCAUGCAUUUUACGAGCUCUGCCAUCAGUAUACAAAUGUAAUGGUUGGCCAGCCUCGCUGUAUUUUGGGUCUAACUACAUUGUCCGCUGCCAUUGACAAAAUACGCACAUCCGAGACUCAACUUACACCUAUCCAUGCCGACUUGUGUCAACUAAGUCUUAAAUCCAAAUGUUUUCGUGUAGCUAUGAAAUAUUUAGACGUUGAUAUAACGACUAUAUCAACCGGUGCUGAAACAAGGGGACAAAGUCAAACGGAUAUGACCAACCAUGAUGCCAAAUAUUUUUUACUUUACUAUUAUUAUGGUGGCAUGAUUUACACUGCUAUGAAAAACUACGAAAGAGCAUUGUAUUUUUUUGAAGUCUGUAUAGCAACACCUGCCAUGGCUAUGUCCUACAUUAUGUUAGAGGCAUAUAAAAAAUUCAUAUUGGUUUCCUUGAUUUUACAUGGAAAGAUUCAACCCAUACCAAAAUAUGCAUCUCAAGUUAUUUCACGUUUUAUGAAACCAAUUGCUCAGGUCUAUCAUAAUUUAGCUGUGGCAUAUGCCACUACAUCUAGUGAAGAAGUUCGAAAUUGUAUCAGCAAAUACAGUGAAACCUUUGUCCGUGAUAACAAUAUGGGUUUGGCAAAACAGGUUGCCACAUCAUUGUAUAAGAAGAAUAUCCAGAGACUUACAAAGACAUUUUUGACAUUAUCAUUAACUGAUGUUGCUAGUCGUGUUCAAUUGCCAUCAGCCGAUGUAGCCGAAAAGUAUAUCUUCAAUAUGAUAAAAUCUGGUGAAAUCUAUGCUAAAAUUGAUCAAAGAGACGGCAUGGUUGUCUUUAAAGACGAUCCCGAAAAAUAUAAUUCGAAUAAAAUGUUUCUUAAUAUUCAAGAAGAUAUGGAAAAUGUAAUGUCAUUGGUGAAACAAAUUAAUAAAAUGGAAGAGGAUAUUGUAUUGAAUCCAAUUUACAUCAAAAAGGCUGUUGGUAAUGCCGAUGAUGAUUUGGCGUCUCAAAAUGCAAAAUCAUUUGCAGGUGAUCCUAUUGAUUGAUGAUACUAUAUAGAGAAAUAUUUCAAACUAUUUGAUAGCUUUGAUAUGUUAUCUUGUAUCAACCAUACAGUGCAGUUCAUUUGUCAUCUUCAA